AUGGCCCGAGGCGAGGCGGCCGGAGGAAAGGCAUGCGACCAGCACGAGGGACGCCACCACGACAACGUGGGCUGCACGCUCGGCACAAGCAGAAUCCACUAUUACCGAAUCGUCAUGCCUAGUCCCUUCCUGGUCCCCAGUAGUCUUAUUGGACGUCGCCAGGGACCGAGUGCGACUCUGCACCCUACGUCCCUGUUUCUGCGGGGCCCCGCCUCUGCCUCAGGCACUCGCUCGGCCCCAACGAUCUCCGACUCUUCGACUGAAUUUCCUCUCUCGUUCCUGCCUUCCUGA